AGCUUUCUGUGUGCUUAGGUGCCCGAGCUACUGAGGGUCUAAGUCCGGGCAGCUGAAGAGUGUGGUAGGUAACGGUCGUCAGCGCAAGGGUCAUUUCGUCGCUGGGAAGGGACGGCCCUCGCCCGCGGUGAUGGUGGUUAGCAAGAUGAACAAAGAUGCGCAGAUGAGAGCAGCGAUUAACCAAAAGUUAAUAGAAACUGGAGAAAGAGAACGCCUCAAAGAGUUGCUGAGAGCUAAAUUAAUUGAGUGCGGCUGGAAGGAUCAGUUGAAGGCACACUGUAAAGAGGUAAUUAAAGAAAAAGGACUAGAACACGUUACUGUUGAUGACUUGGUGGCUGAAAUCACUCCAAAAGGCAGAGCCCUGGUACCUGACAGUGUAAAGAAGGAGCUCCUACAGAGAAUCAGAACAUUCCUUGCUCAGCAUGCCAGUCUUUAAGGGGGAAUUAGAAUGUGCUGGUCUGUGGAUUUAUUUCUGAAAGUAAAACUUGCCAUAAUUAGAAAUUGAUUUCCCAAAAUAAAGUCCUUUUUUGUAUGAUGGUAUACAGUUUUCAGUAAUGAUGUAUACAUUGUAUUGAUUUUUUCCCUAAAUGUGUUAUUUUAAUAAAUAUCUCAUGAAUAAGCUUCAAUUUUUUAUUUUAAAAUAAAUGGGACUCUGUUUAUUACUGAUUGCCUAGAAAUGUUGAGAGAAAUAUGCCAGCAGUUAUUAUAAUCCAGUAUUUAUAUGUGUCAUUCUCUGUGCUAACGUCUGAGGCGCCUUUCUGGGUUGUCUACAUAUGGUUUGUUCUUUUGAAUCCUCACAUUGAUAACUGUGAUGCUCCACCUUUGUACUGUAGGUCGUCUUAAUUUCUUACUUGUUACAAAUUCUGAGGGUUAGGACUGGGUCUUACUUAAUCUGUAUGUGCCUUCCUUAUGCUUCAAAGAAAUUACCAUCUAGUGGAAGACAGAACAUUUGCAAGCUGGCUGCACACCACAUUUUCUACUCAUCUGAACUUUGAAAGCAGAAUCUCUAAAUUGCAUCCCCAUAAACUGAGGUCAAGAAAGAACUUUAAUGGGAAAUAAUCUCUGCCAAUUAGCUUUACUCUGACAUCAAUCAGGAUUAACAGAUCUAACGGACUCUUGUCUAUUAAUGUGACCUUUGACGCAGAGUGAUUAUGUUGACCACUUGGAACUUUGCAUCCCCUUCCUCACACUGCUUCCUACCAUAGGAACUUCUUUCUGGUAUUUUGUGGAGUACUUUUUGCUGUAUGUAACUAUUAAGUAAUGUUUUGUUGGACUUUAUCUUGAGUCCUCUGACUAACAGUAUGCUUUCCCUGGUUGAGUCCCAGGCAGUGAGUCUGACCAUACUUCAGAUAUCAACAGAUACAUGUUGAACACUCACAGCCAGACUUAUUUCUAGCCUCACUACCCAUAUACCCCAACAGUGGGUCUGCUUCCUUGGAUAUUUCACAAACACCUUUAAAUGACCAUACUUUAAGUAGUAAGAUUCUCCCCUAAUUACUACCCAUGUUUUUAUUCCUUAUUCAUUGGGGUUUCUCAGAUGUAGAUGACUCAAGAUGAAUAUUAAUGCUGUUUCUGAAGGUUGGAGGGAAGAGACUAGAUUACUUCUGAAACACCCAUAGUUUUGUGUUACUGCUGCUGAUUGAUUGAGGACCAGCUAUAAACUUGGAUUAUCCUUUCUGGCCCUCCUCAGCCCAAGUGAUUGCAAUGACUCCUCCGUGCCUCCACUAUCUUCCUCACCGUUUUUUCUGUGUGGCCUUAGGAAAUUCAAGUCUGAUCAUUUUAUUCCCCCACUUGAAAUGUUUCAAUACUGAAUGAAAUUCAAACUCGGCAUGCUAGCUAGGCCCCUCUAAAUCUAGCAUGUAUUUAUCGCUCCAGUUUGUAAAAUCCCUCAACAUAUUAAAUUGUUCCAUUCCUUGGUACCUUUCAUCUAGGAAGCCCUUUAAGUCACCUUAUCACUACUUUCCCUUCAAAGUUCAGAUUGAGUUUUUAAAUAUUCUGAAACACCCAUGGUUUAAAUUCCUUGUCACUGAUUUCUUUUUGGAUUUUUG